AUGCAUGGUUAUGCUGACGCUGAAGGACACAUCUCUGCCUUUCGAGAUAUACUGCCGCAUUGGUCUGGAUAUGCAUUGAUUUUAUUGUUCGCCUUGGCAGCAACCCUCCUCUUCCUUGCGACGAGCUACAUACAAAGGAGAUAUGCCUUUGUCGAUCAUGAGUCGAGCGAAUUCACUUCUGCCAGUCGUUCAGUCAAGUCUUUCCUGAUCAGCUCUUCACUUGUUUCAAGCUGGACUUGGUCCACAACACUGGUACAAGCUUGUUCGAGCGCCUACAAAUGGGGCAUUGCCGGCGCUUUUUGGUCUUCAAGCGGUGCGACCGUUCAAAUGAUCUUCUUUGGCUUCAUUGCCGUCAAGGUCAAGCAGUGCUCACCACGCUGCGCGACGAUUCUGGAAAUUGUUCACAAGCGUUACGGACCAAGUGUACACUGCUUGCUCAUGGCUUAUGCUCUAGUCGUCAAUCUUGCUGCGUCGAUGGUGCUGCCGAUGGCGAGCUCUCGCGCUGCUCAAGCACUUAGCAAGACGAACAUCUAUCUGGCAAACACUGUCACAGUGAUGAGUGUUGCUCUAUACACCCUUGUCGGAGGCCUGCGUGCGACCAUGAUUGCCGACUACACGCACAAUGUCGUGGUCAUACUAGUGACGCUCCUAUUCUUCGUCGUUACCUUUGUCACAUCCGACAAGAUUGGAUCUCCUGAUAGGCUAUACGAUCUAUUGAAGAAAGCAGCUCUCACAAUGCCGAGCGAGGACGGUGGUACGUACCUGACCUUCCACUCUGGCGAUGCCCUUGCUUUUGGAGCUUUGAGUUUCAUCGCCUCAUUUGGUAUGCUCUUCAAUGAUCAAGUCUACUGGCAGCGCGCUAUUGCUGCUCGACCGCGUAAUGCUCUUCGUGGAUACAUCUUUGGAGGGCUUGCUUGGUUUGGUAUUGUCUUUGCCUUUAGCAUUUUGGGUCUAGUAAUGGUUGCCCUGCGAAACGACAAGGAUACCCCUACUUACCCUCACUUGUUGAGCAUGGCAGACAUGUGUGCUGGGCUUGUUGCUCCUGCUGCAGCUUUCACCCUCCUAGGCAAGGUGGGUGCGUUGGCGAUGCUCGUGGUGGUCAUUAUGACGGUCGUCACAUCCCUAGCGUCCGAGCUUGUCGCUGUUUCCGCCAUCUUGACACAUGACAUCUACAAGCUCUACCUACACCCAUCCACCACAGAUCUGGAACUCAUCCAAACAUCGCAGUGGUUUAUCGUUGCAUGGGGCUGCAUUACGUCUGCUGCAUCCUGCUUAGCAGUCUACCUGGACGCCACAUGCUUCUGGAUCUUUUGCCUGACUGGUGUUGUGUGCAGCUCAACUGUACCUACCCUGCUCUUCACCAUCUGUUGGAAACGGCAGCCUCGAAUCGCUGCUCUCCUCUCUCCUGCUCUCGGGACUGUCAUUGGCGUCGUCGUUUGGCUUUCAGCUGCAAAAGGCUUGCAUGGAUCCGUAUCGAUGUUCGCCCUUGCAGACAUAUACGUUGCAUUGUCAGGCAUUGCUGCCUCCUUCGCGGCAGGCCUUAUUGCAACGCUUGUCAUCAGUGGUUUCUGGCCGGAUAAUUUCGAUUUCGCCAUCACAGGUUCCAUCAACAUGCCGGUCAAAGAAGGCUCAAUCCGUUCAGAGACAUCAGGCAGAAUGACACCGGAAUACACGAACGAAGACGAUCCAUUUGGCUUGAAUCGCGCGUCACGUCAAGCUCUAUGGAUCAGCGUUGGGAUUUCCUUCUUUCUCAUCAUUGCCAUUCCGGUCCCGCUCUUCCUGACAAAGUAUGAAUUUUCCGUCGUGUCGUUUAGAAUGUGGGUCGUCUGUGCUGGUUUGGUCCUUGCUGCCUCUUUUGUUAUUGUGGUCAUCAUGCCGCUCGUCGAGUCCAGGGUGGCUCUGGCCGAAAUCAUCAUCAAUGUAUGGCGUGCCGUCUUUGGACAGCCUAAUGGCAAGGACUUGCUGAUGCACAGAACAUCAACAAGAAGUGUAGGGAGCAGUGUGCAUUCUUCGCAAGCAAGGAGGUCGAGAGUAACGAUUCCAAAGCAGGAGCACCGUGCAACAAUAGUUUCGAUGAACAACUCACCGGAGAUGGGGGUCACUGACCCCAGAUGGGUCUAG